GGUCGUGCGCGAGUUGACGCGGGAAAACCCCAGCUAUUAAGGUUUCGUCAUUUUUAUUAGCAUAAUUUCUAAGCUUUGAGAGGUGACUUCAACGCAUAAAGCGAAAUGUUUUACUACCAAACUGUUCUCCAACACCAUACUGGGUGCUUUUCCACAAUUUGGCUAGCGGCCACCAGGGGCAUCCGUAUCACUCGCAGGGAGUUCCUCAAAGUCAAUGUAAAGCGAACUUGCAAGGAAAUCCAAGAUUUUGUGACAGGCCAAGUUCCUUCGCUGCAGCCCAACCAGUCCAAGCCUCGCUUUUCCCUCUACCUGUCAUCUCAGCUGCAGUAUGGAGUGGUUGUGGUCUAUCACAAGCAGUGUGGCUUUUUACUUGAGGAAACCCAGCAAAUCAUCGACCGCCUGAUUCGCUCUAAAUCACAUGUCCAGAUCGACAUGCCUGACGCUGACAGGAUGGUGAUGGACCUCGUCGACUGCCUGAAUGGGAUGGAGGAGGCUGAAAGUGCUCAGGACCCUUUCUUUGGUCUCAUGGAGUCUCAUGAACUCCCUAGUCCCAAUAAACUCCACCAGGUGGAGGUUGAGAUGUGCGACCUGCAGCACUCUCUGGUGCCCGGUCCCCACAUGACAUCCAGCAACCAGAGUCUGAGUUCGCCCGCGGCAGCCAUCACCCUGAAAGAACAGGAGCCGUUUGUCAUCAACGCUGCUGAGUGUUUCGAGGGAGAUGACCUUCCGGAAGUCACCGCCAGAGACAUCGAUCUAUUGAUGGAUCAGCCGGAUCCCUUCCGUAGAGAAGAGGACGGAGAGAAGGCAGACGGGACCGGAGAGCAGGGACUCGUUUCUUCUAUCAACCCGCUGAAGGAGACGAUGGUGGGAGCGGAGCAGGACAGCGAGAGGCUGCAGGACGAGGAGACGGGUCAGCCUGUGGAGCUUCCUCUGAAAGCCAUCUCCAUGGAGAGGACACCUCCCCAUGUAGCCAUGCCAAGCGAGAUCAUUGAGGACGAAGGUGGACAAAGUCCCUGUGAGGGGGUUGGAGUCCCCCCUGUGAAGAAGCACAGAGGAAGACGGAGGCGUCAGCUGGUCUUUGUGGACCUGGAGGUCCAGAUGUCGGACAAAGAAAUGCAGGAGCAGAUUGUAAAUCAGAAAACUGAGACCAACGAUCUGUUUGAAGUGCUGCUGAACUUGUCUUCACUGACCCAUCACGUCGCUCCCGCUCAGCUCUUCAGCGCCCCCUGUGGACCUCUCCUCCACCCUGACCUCCUGUUGCUAUGGAAACAGCAUGCCUCACUCGCCAUUCUUCCUGAGAGUGAGGAAGUGCUGGGAGCAGGGGGGGAGUCGGAGCAGGACAUGGAAGUGCUGAGGGACGAGAGGAAUAGAAGGCACUCACGCAUGAAGGAGACCUCCAGUGAGUCGGGGCUGCAGCCCUCAGAGGGUCCAUCUGAGAUGGACGUGGUGCUGGACAUGUCUAAAAAUGACAGAUCUGGAAGUGAUGUCAUCACUCCUGCUAGCAGAUGGUCUCCCCAAGUGGACGCAAAUCCAUCGAUGGAGCCAAUAGCCGAGGAGAACAUUGAGAUGCCCGAGGCCGAGACCGACGUGGCGAGCAGAAACUCACUCAGCUGGAUCUCCUCCAUCCUGCAGAGGCUUGAGGUGGUCACCUUUGACUCGGUGCUGCCCCCAGAGGCCGACCGCUCCGCUGCAGCUCAAAUGCUCUACAAACUGCUGGAGAUGCUGUCAGCUCAUCAGCUGACUGCCCAUCAGACUGAUCCCUACAGUGACAUCAUCAUUAGGCUUGCUGCACCCAGAGUGGUGGACUGAGCUCAGGUUCAAGUUGGGAUGAAUUCUGAUUUAUUCAGAUCCAACACAGAUCUUCAGUUUUUGUAGACGGUUCAAAGUUUUUAAGCACAUUUUUAAUAACAAACUUCAACUCUGCUUCAUGUAUUUAGGGCAAGUUUUAACUUUUUUAAUGGUUUUAAAUUGUUAAUUUUGUGAUUUUAAAUAUUGAAACAUGAACAUUUUUAUUGCUAAAGCCAUUUUAAAGAUACUUUUACAGAAUGUUAUCGAGAUUUGGAAAAAGUAAGUCUGUUAGAAAUCAACUUUUUUAUUGCCUACUGUUUAAAGACUAUUUCUGUGUCAUAAAUGUUUUAAAGGCUAUUAAAGGUUUUGUACUCUA